UCUCUCAGAGCUCUCAGUCACAUUAGCCGUCUCUCGACACACACACACCGAUUUCACCAUGAACAAAGCCUGGCUGGCGCUUCUGCUGCUGCUGCCUCUGUGCGCAGCACAACAAGAGUACUACAUUGAGUGCAUUGGUGAGGACUUCCUAUUUGUCAGAAAUGAUUUGCUCCGGUGCAAAAGUAAAGUCCCCCAGGCCUGCUACACAAAAGGUACAGGGGACAAGGGUUGCACCACUCUGGAGUUCUGCUCAAGGCCAGGCUGGACGUGCUGCAACACGAACCGCUGCAAUGCCUAAUCCGGGCAGCAGAGGGCGCCAGAGCGCACCGAGCACAGCUCUGUCCUCAUGUCCAGCUCUGUAACCCAACCACAGCUGUCUGGGGGGGCCCGGCCCGGGACAGGCACACACAAAUAAAGCUGUACGCCAAGCGA